UACGUAGCAUACCUGAGCACAGCUCAAACUCAAGUGUUCAUCUUGAAUAGCACAACUUUGCUCCUGGCACAUUUUACAACAAAACUCAUCAGCAUGGAGAGGAUGAUUAUUUUCUGUAUGCUUUUCUUCUGUUGCAGUAUGGCGCUGACUGCAGCUCCAUACAGAAUAGUGAAAUACAAACAGCUCUUCAAGACAAUUAGACAGUUAGAACCCAUAGUGAAAGACAAGGAUGUUGAAAUGCUGCAUACACCAGAAAACCCUGUGGACGAAUGCCUCUUCACAGCUGUGACCUGCUUCCAGAAGGGCAUACUGAAAUUACAACCAGCAAACAGCCAAGUAAAUUCUACAUUCAACCAAACUACUAAAGUCUUGAAAAAUUUCACCUUCAGCAACCCUGGCAAGCACUGCGAGUCUUCAUGUGAAUCUUACGAGAAAAAAACCCCCAAAGAGUUUUUGAAGAGCUUUGCAAAACUAAUCAACAAGUUAUUGAAGGAGUAAUAUAGGACACACCAGAGCUGAAGGCUACUGAAAAUAUACUAUUUAAAGCAG